CCCCCCCCCCCCCUUCCAUAUACUUCCUCCAGUCUACAGUUAAUGAGGAGAAAUCAGUGUAUUGCACUAUCUGGCAUAUUGCUGCUGAAGUGGCAGGAGUCUUUGGUUAUCAACCUGGCGGCCUCCAAAGAAGCUGAAGCAGCAGCACGAUCUGCCCCCAAACCCAUGUCUCCUUCCGACUUCUUGGAUAAGUUGAUGGGGCGAACUUCAGGAUACGAUGCCAGGAUCAGGCCAAAUUUUAAAGGCCCACCAGUGAAUGUCAGCUGCAACAUUUUCAUCAACAGCUUUGGUUCAAUUGCAGAAACAACUAUGGAUUACAGGGUGAACAUCUUCCUGCGGCAGCAGUGGAAUGACCCGCGGCUGGCAUACAAUGAAUACCCUGAUGACUCCCUGGACCUGGACCCCUCUAUGCUGGACUCCAUCUGGAAGCCCGACUUGUUCUUCGCUAAUGAGAAGGGGGCCCAUUUCCAUGAGAUUACCACAGACAACAAGCUUCUGAGGAUCUCCAGAAAUGGCAAUGUCCUCUACAGCAUCAGGAUCACUCUGACUCUGGCCUGCCCCAUGGACCUGAAGAACUUCCCCAUGGACGUACAGACGUGCAUCAUGCAGUUAGAAAGCUUUGGCUACACAAUGAAUGAUCUCAUAUUUGAGUGGCAAGAAAAAGGAGCUGUUCAAGUUGCUGAUGGGCUGACUUUGCCUCAGUUUAUCCUCAAAGAAGAAAAGGACUUGAGAUAUUGCACAAAGCACUACAACACAGGCAAGUUCACCUGUAUAGAAGCUCGUUUCCACCUGGAGCGGCAGAUGGGCUAUUACUUGAUCCAGAUGUACAUUCCCAGCCUCCUUAUUGUCAUUCUGUCCUGGAUCUCCUUCUGGAUCAAUAUGGAUGCUGCACCUGCUCGUGUUGGCCUGGGGAUCACCACUGUGCUCACUAUGACCACGCAGAGCUCUGGUUCCCGAGCAUCGCUGCCCAAGGUGUCCUAUGUAAAGGCCAUAGACAUCUGGAUGGCCGUGUGCUUGCUGUUUGUGUUCUCCGCACUUCUAGAGUACGCUGCCGUCAACUUCGUGUCUCGGCAGCACAAAGAGCUGCUCAGGUUCAGAAGGAAGAGGAGGCACCAUAAGGAGGAUGAAGCUGGUGAAGGCAGGUUCAACUUCACUGCCUAUGGGAUGGGACCAGCUUGCCUACAAGCCAAGGAUGGCAUCUCCGUCAAGGGCGCCAACAACAACAACACGGCCAACCCGGUCCCCCCGCCGUCCCGCUCCCCCGAGGAGAUGCGAAAGCUCUUCAUUCAGCGAGCGAAGAAGAUUGACAAGAUCUCACGCAUCGGCUUCCCUAUGGCAUUCCUCAUCUUCAACAUUUUCUACUGGAUCAUCUACAAGAUCGUCCGCAGAGAGGAUGUGCACAACCAGUGA